UUGACCAAAGUCCACCAAAACACAAGUCACAGCCAAACCAACACUUCCACUCUCUCUCUCGUGGAAAAAAAAUCGUCUCUCUGUGUGAUUUUGUCGAACACUUGAAUGGCAAGCAAUAGGGAUGAGCCUCUGACAUUCAUGAACCCAUCAUCAACAUCGUCCCCAAUCGCAGUCUCCGACGGAGACAGUUUCCUUCUCGACCCUAAUUCCCAAAUUGGGAGUGCCUCUGGAAGCUUCAAUAAUGAGGGUUUUCUCGUCCUCGACGGCGGCGGCGACCUCGAGUUUGGGUUCUUUCGGACUGAAUUCCGGCAGAGCCCACUGGUUGGGACCGUAGACUACUACGAUCGCCAUUUGUUUCUGUGCUAUAAGAACCCUCAAGUGUGGCCUCCUCGCAUCGAGGCCGCUGAGUCCGAUCGACUGCCCAGGCUUCUCUCCGCUGCUCUCAUGGCUAAGAAGGGUGAUAUGAAGAAACAGACCCGGUUAACAAUAUGUGAGGGGCGUGAUGGAACUGAGACAUCGAAUGGUGAUGUUUUAAUCUUUCCUGACAUGAUCAGAUACAGGAGAUUGACACACUUUGAUAUUGACACAUUUGUUGAGGAAGUGCUUGUGAAAGAUGGUGAAUGGCCACCUGGAACUCCUGAAGCACUAAGGGGCUUCUAUAUCUUUGUGUGUGCUCAUGGGACCAGGGAUCGACGUUGUGGUGUUUGUGGACCUGCUGUGAUUACUAGAUUCAAAGAAGAGAUUGAAUCAUAUGGCCUUCAAAGUAAAGUUUCUGUCAGCCCGUGCUCACACAUCGGGGAGCAUAAGUAUGCAGGAAAUGUGAUUAUUUUUGGAGCAAAAAUCGGUGGAGAAGUUACUGGUCAUUGGUAUGGGUAUGUUACCCCAGAUGAUGUACCUCUCUUGCUUGAACAGCAUAUUGGGAAAGGAGAAAUUGUAGAUUGGCUUUGGAGGGGACAGAUGGGUUUAUCAGAAGAAGACCAGAAAACAUCCCAGGAAUUAAGGCUUCAACUAAACAAAGAGGCCAAUGUUGGAAGCAGCUCAAAAGAGCCAACACAAACAAAUGAGAUCAGCAGUGCUGUGUGUGGAUCUCAAGUUGCAGGUAUGGGUUGUUUCCGGGCAAAUGGAAACUCCCCCUGUUGUCAGAAUCCUUCUGUACCCGAAAAGAUAGAUAAUGCUAAUCUUAACAAGAGGGAGGCAAAGUUGACAGCUGAAAAGAAGAGCACCAAAAGACAAAUUUCCCGGAAGAAUAGUGGUAAAGCAGCUAGCACUCGCAGGAUGUGCACUAUGCCAACAUGGUUAGAGAGCUGGGAGCGCGAGGAUACCUAUGCAGCUCUUGCUGUUAUUGGUGCUGCCAUGUCAGUUGCUGUUGCAUAUAAUUGUUACAAACAGUUGAGGUAAAUACUUGAUGUUAAAUGCAUCUCCAGAAAGAUCUCGCAGAUUUUAAGGAGAGAAGGAUGUGAACCGUCACAUACAUAUAUAUAUAUAUAUGUUAGGAUAGUGGGUUUCUGUUUGUUUCCAAUGCAUCCAUGAUCUCUAAAUGUGGAUUUCUUCUAUGUAUAUGAAUUUUUCUGGUCUCCAAUAUUUGAAGUUCAUUCUCCACAUUAGAUAUGCAUUUGUUUGUUGCAGGAUACAUUGGUUUGUAUUACCAACCUGAAUCAAAGUAUGGAUCAUUUUGGCUUUGUCAAAAAA